UUUGGAACCCUGGUGGGGAGAACAUAAUGUUUUGAGAUGCUGUUUCCCCCACUUGCGUGACGGCAAGAUAUUUUUGGACCCCCCCCCUUUUUUUAAAAAGUGGCCAACUCUUUUCCUGCGACUUUUGAGGAAGGAGAGAGGGUUAGCAGAAACAAGGUCAGCUAAAAUUGGAUUUUGUGCUAAUGAGACCGGCUUGCGUUGCUGGGUCUGGGUCUCGCUGAAAUCAUUUGUAAAGGUGCAGCUGAGAAUUGUGUGUGUCAGUGUUAAUCAGAAUGGAUAACGCUUCCAAAAAAGUCGGCUGAACAAAUCUUUUCGGAACAAGAUGACACCUUUGUCCGCUGUGUUAUUUGCAUAAUGUUGAGGAAUUAGCAUAAUUAGCUCGGAAGGCAGAAAGCUGCUUAUUAAGACAGGAGCAAGGGUUAGUUGAGGCAGCUCUGGCCUGCAGGGGUCUCUCUUGCCAUUCCUUAUGUGCAGAAGUGUGAAACAACAGAAUAACUGGAUUGCAGGAUCUUACGAAUUCAGAUUCAUAACAUGCCCAUUGAACCCAAACAUCUUUUAGCUCAGUUAGGGAUGUGGCUGCUCCUCCCUAUCAUUCAUGGCUGCAGCUUCAUGCAGCCCACACAUUUCGUGUCUAAAUGUCACAAAAGGGUAGGAACUGUGAGAAAUGGUUUCUUAAAUGAAGAACAACUGCAACAAAAAGGUACAGUCAGCUCUCCUUAUCCACAAACAUUUUAUCCACGGAUUGAAAAUACUUUAAAAUAUAUAUACAUUCCAGAAAGCAAACCAUUUGCCAUUGUAUAUGUUUUCUAUGCCAUUGUAUUGAAUGGAACAUGAGCAUCCACAGAUUUUGGUGUCCAUGGGGGGGGACCCGGGAGCCAAACCCCAGCGGAUAACAAGGGCCCACUGUUUCCAGUCUUUGUACUUCAAGGUUGUCCAGACUCCUUUUAUAUCAUUAUAGUGCAUUUCAGGGUGAUUCUCAGGGUAACAUGGAAAGAGACUAGUGUCCACUGUUGUCAAAUCCCCACAGUUGUGGACUUCCAGAAUUAGACUGUUUCAGGACAAGGAGGCUCAACAUCCAUAAUUGAUAGCCACCAGGAAGAUGCUCUCCAAACACAUCUGAGAUGGUGGCGGGACUGAGAGAAAGCUCUUCUCCAAAGACCUUAAAACUCUGGCAUGUUCCUGUGGGGAGAUAACAAGGGUUCAGGUAAUCUGGGCCCAAGCCUUCCUUCCUAGAGUAAAGCCCUUCUCAAAUCCGAAGAAGUGCCUGCUUAGGUUUAAAGACACAGCGAGGAGGAGUGAAGGAACGGAUUGCUGCGCAGGCUUGGCUUGUGCGUUCCUGUUGCCACAGUUACAGCAGCGUUGUUUUGACAGCAUUGCCGCACUGCUACGCAAACAGGGGCCCCACAGUGGCCUAUGUUUCUAAACAGGUCAAGCCUGAAUUUCAGCCCUAUCUCAACCUGUUUUUCUCCCUUACAUUCUUGGAUCUGCCUGUCCCUUUGAGUCCUUCUAGUUGCUGCAAGAGCCAUGUGGAGUUUGUGCCUUUGUGCUCAUUUUGGAGUGAAUUCACUUCUAACUGGGAUAAUGCGGUUUGUUGUGCAAGAGUGAAAGGACACCAAACGCCAGGGUCAUCACUAGUGGGAUGUAAGGGAUUUCACUGAGGACACAGAGGCUGCAUCUACACUGCAGAAUUAAUGCAGUUUGACACCACUUUAACUGCCAUGACUGGAGAAUUCUGGGAUUUGUACAGUAGUUAAAGUGGUGUCAAACUGCAUUCAUUCUGCAGUGUGAUAAGCAACCUUGGAGUGAAUAGACAUAUUGAUUUAUUUAUGUUUUAAAAAGGGAACAGCACUCAUCUUUCCAUUUGUUUUCCAGGUGUAUUGGGUGAAAAAUGGGCAGGAGAGAUGACACCCCUUCUUUGUUUUCUCAGCAGUUGCAUGUUUGUCACACAUGUCUAGAGCCGGUGUUUUUGUUUCCCCCUUCCUUUCCUCUCCCAGAAUGAAGCAAUAAUGAGAUGAAUCACCGGUGGCCCAUUUGCAGUCGCUCUCGGUUGUAGGUGCCACCCUCCUUCAUUAAUCAGGGGAGAAAUACAACAUUGGAUCAAUUAGCCUCUUAAUGAAUUCCCACCGCCGCUGCUCCCAGAAUGGCUGCCGACAAAACCAGGGGUUGGGUGCUCUUUGGAAAUAAAGGAACCAGUUGAGGGAAAAGCUAGAAAGCUGUCCCUUUUGUCUCUCUCUCUCUCUCUCUCUCUCUCUCUCUCCAUCCUGGUUUUUCACACAAUCUUUCCAUGGUGAGAAUGAAAACAACUUGGCUGGCAAAGAAAAUAACACUCAGCAGGCAGAGGAUAUCUCUGCUUUGGAAAUGCUGCUUCUCUAGCAGUGGAAAUGUUUCUCAGCAGUGGGAGAAGGGGAUGUUGAAAGAUGCUUUCCUUGGAGAGGUCUGGAGACUUGCAUGCUGCUUUUUGCCCUGAAGCACUUUGUGUGUUGUAGGACUGGCCUCCUUUCCUCCUGGGUACACUUCUCAGUGUCUUCUAGUUAAUUUGGAAGCAAGGCAGUGGUGGAGAUGGCUUUCUUUGUCCCAAGGAGGGUUAAAUAAUUUGGAGCAGAGCAGGUUGGAAAGCGGAAACUGCACUGUCAGAGCCUUGAACUUGGCAUGGUUUCAUCAGUGGUCAACUGAGGAGUUGGAACAAAGUUUCCUUUUGGUCGACGUUUGCCCUGCGACAUCUACUGGCACGCCGUGUCAUUUCACGAUAAUGCCAUCUAUUCAGGCCUAGUCAACAAAUUUCCAGGCAUGACUGAAAUGGUGCGCAAGAUCACGCUGAGCCGUGCCAUGCGGACAAUGCAGGAGCUCUUCCCCGAGGAGUACAACUUCUACCCCCGCUCCUGGAUCCUGCCGGAGGAGUUCGCCAUCUUUCUGGCUGAGGUUCACAUGAUCAAAGACACCAAUCCUUCGUGGAGGCCCACCUUUAUCGUGAAGCCCGAUGGUGGAUGUCAGGGGGACGGGAUAUACCUCAUUAAAGACCCUGGCGAUGUCCGGAUGACGGGCAACCUCCAGACGAGGCCUGCGGUGGUCCAGGAGUACAUGUCCAAGCCUUUCCUGAUCGACAAGCUCAAGUUCGACAUCCGUCUGUAUGUCCUGCUGAAAUCCUUAGACCCUCUGGAAGUUUACGUGGCCAAAGAUGGACUCUGCCGCUUCUGUACCGAGCCCUACCAGGAGCCCCACCUGAGGAACCUCCACCAGGUGUUCAUGCACUUGACCAAUUACUCCCUCAACAUCCACAGCGGGAACUUUGUCCACUCAGACAGUGCCAACACAGGCAGCAAAAGGACGUUUUGUAGCAUCUUGGACAGGCUCUCGUCCAACGGUGUCAAUGUCCGGAAGGUCUGGUCUGAUAUCAUUUCACUGGUCAUCAAGACAGUGAUCGCCAUGGUCCCUGAGCUGAAGGUGUAUUACCAGUCUGAUAUUCCCACAGGGAAGCCGGGGCCAUCUUGUUUCCAGAUUUUAGGGUUUGACAUUCUCCUGAUGAGGAAUCUGAAGCCAAUACUGCUGGAGGUCAAUGCUAAUCCCAGCAUGAAAAUCGAGCAUGAGAAAGAGGUUUCACCAGGAGUUUUUGAAUACGUCCCCAGCCCCGUUGACGAAGAGGUUAAGGUUGCGGUCAUCCGGGACACCCUCCGCUUGGUAGAUCCCCACAAGAAAAAGAAGCAGGAUGACAUGGGCAGAGCUGAACUUGCGUCUCCAGGAGAGGAAGAAGAAAGAGGAGGAGGAGGAGAAGACGACUUCCUUGAUGAAGAAUUGAUAGAAAAACCUGAGCUGGAUAGCGGCCAAAGCCCAGAGGAGAAGGUGCCUGCCCUGUGCCUGAAGCAGGUGUUCCCAAAGUACGCCAAGCAAUUCGACUACUUGCGACUGGUGGAACGGAUUGCAGCUCUCUUCAUCCGCUUCCUGGGUGUCAAAGGGACAACCAAGCUGGGACCCACAGCCUUCCGGACAUUUAUCAGAAACAGCAAGAUAAGCAACAGUGGCUUCAGCAUGGCUGCCGCAGAUAUCCUCUACAUUGACAUCACGCGAAGGGGCAGCAGCUUUGGGAUGGAUCAGAGAGAUUCAGGGAUGGGCCUGCAGGCUUUUGUGGAAGCGGUCUGUUUCCUGGCUCAGCGGAGGUACAAAUCCCUCUCCCUCCACGAACAAGUGGAGCUGCUGGUUGACUUCUGUGAGUACAACUUGGCUGCCCUGGAUGAGAAGCGCCAAACCUGCAGCCGACUCCUCCCCGAGCGCCGGACCACCCUGGUCACCUGCCACCAUGACAAGCUGCAGCUCAGUCCUGCUGUUCACGCAACGCCGCCAUGCCACGGCACGUCAGCCCAUAAACUGGUCGACUACAGAGGUCCCCAGCCCUAAAGAGGUCACCAUUCAUGGGGAGGCAUGAGAAACAAACCUCUGAGGAGUUGGAAGCCACUCUGCGCCACCAGAGGUGGAAGUGGAAUCCUCCUCUUCCCACCUUAAGAGACCUAUUUUUUAUUUAUUGCUGUCUGCCCUAGAUUGAGGCUCCUUCACCCAAAUCCUUGCAGUUGGUGCAAGACCUGCUGAUUCACAACAUCCCAGUCAGAGGCUGUAAUGUGGCCGGCAGACUCUCUUAUGUUUCAGGUUGAUGAAAGUCAUCUCUUGAAGGCUGGAGACAUCAGGCGGGUCAGAACUGACACCAGAGAUGGAAAGACCUUGCUAAAGCGAGUCCAGCUUGUGGCAUCCCUUGUCAAAGAGGGCUAGGAGGAAGCAGCCUCCGGUUGUGUGUUUUGCAUUGCAGGAGGUGAUGGGAGAGAUUGUGAUUAGGACAGAGCAGCGUAUGAGAGAGAGAGGAGAUGUUGGUUAUGGAGAACUAAAAUCCUAUUUAUUUAUUUCAGACAUUUUGUGAGGGCUUGUUUCAUCCAAAUGGACUGGAAAGUGUGCACAAAGGUGCCACUGUAGGCAUGCUGUGUAAUUCUGUAACUGGGCACCUUCUCUGCUUGCAGAAGGUCCCAGCCAAAUUUGAGGGCUGCAUAGGAAGCUGUGGCUUGAUUUUGGCUCCUUGGAUCCAAUGUGCGCACAUACAAGCUUCAUAGAGGUGGGGUUUGGGUGGGAGAUAGGCUUCCUCAAGGCUGGGCUUUCAUCCUGAGCUGCUGCUCCAUGGGAAUGCCAGCACCCUUGCAUGCCACCCGGGGCUGAACAAUUAGCACCCGUCCAGGACAGCUGGGCGUAAGAUUAAAUUAAAUAUGUUACUUAGGAUCUGCUUUCAGAAACACUUCAGCAAGACUGCAUCGGCCAUUCCACUAUUGCACAGGACACAGGCAGAUGUUUGCUUGGAGUGUUCACCUUUUCAAAAUUGGAAGCUGUUGUUAAAAUAAAAAAGCAAAAGGGCAAGUUUCUAGAUGAUGAAAGAUGAAAGUGCACCAGUGAGACCUGUCAAUUUUUUUAAAAAAUAACAGAAGCUGAAAGUUCUGGGUUUUUGUGGCAUGGGGCUAGAGAACUGGAGCAGGAUUUCCAGAGACCAGAGGGGCAAGCAAUUUCCUCAUUCCCUUUCCCUUAAUUCCCGGCAGUAAGAGUUUUACUGAGCUAAAGCCUGCUGGUGUUUUGCCCCGCUCUGCAAGAUUUUAUCUGACAUUGAACCUGGCUCUCAGAUUGAAAGAGGUCCUCUGUUCUUGGGGUUUCCAUGUAGAAGAACUGAACCAGCCGUGCCCAUUUAUCAUAUGGGUAUCCACAAGAGUUGGGGAUCAAGGGUUUGACAGUCUUGGCCCCUGUCUCAUGUAUGAAAAGAAGCAUGCUCUUUUUUUCCCCCCAGCAGAAGCAUUGCCAGGGAUGGGCAAGAAUCCUUGCUCCCCGUUGGAGAUGCUGUCAGAGUCUGCCAUUGCCACUAGCGGGCAAGAUUGGCACUUCAUUCAAACGGCCAUGAGCUGCAUGAGAAAGCCCUUGUGUCUCUCAGCUUUCAUUUCUAGCCCACUUUCCCACUUCCUGAAGCUGGCAUGACUUUUUUGAGCGGCUGGCAAUUUGGGUGCAGAGAGCUGUUUCUCUCUGUCACUCAGAAACCCAGAGUCCAUCUAUUUUUGCACUGCCCAGAAAGCUGUUCUCUGCGAUGUGCCUGUCACAGGAAUAUAGACCCAGCGUUGUCAUUGUCCCUUGGGGACGUCUUAAGUGGCACUACACUUCUUCACCUCUCUUUCUCAGAAAGCCUUCUUUCCCUUCUCUCCUGAUCUUAUUUGAUGACCACAGAAUUGAAUAAUUUUUCUCUCUUUUCCUUGAAACUGAUGCUGUCUUGGGAUAGAGAUUCUCUGCCUUUAGCCCCUGUGCCUCAGGCAUAGGGCAAAGUUUCUGGCAAAAAGAUGCUUGGAGGGUUUCUCUGCAGUUAGCCAAAGGAGCAGAGUGGCCUUGCAGAAGUGGGAAUGGAUGGGGAAUAUUUAGGGGAAAGAGCAGUAUCUUUCUGGGACCUGGCAUAGAAGAGGAGCGGCUGUAAACAUUGACCCAGUUUACUAAUAUCCCCACAAAUGAACCAAGCCAAACAUCAUCCAGUCCCUUCCUUUCCCACCAGAACUUCUAGAAAAGUGGGGACUUCCAGAAAGCAGAAGGUGAGGAGAGAAACCGGGACAUUUUAAAAGCAGCUUAAAAAGUGGGAUGACAGAGGAUUAAUUAGGACGGUCCUUGCCAAAUCAGGACCAUUGAAGGUCUGUGAUACAUAGUCCUUCCCAUCUGUAAUACAUAGUCCUGCCAGCCUCUUUUCAUUGCUUCACUGGGACCUGUGAAUAAUGCCCAAAUGUCCCAGGUCUAAGCCCUGAGGAGUUUGUUCUAAUUCAGAAGUAAGCCCCAUAGGCUUAAAAAGGUCUUUGCAGGAUUUUGGGAUCCCCUUACAUUUUAGUGAGCUGCCUGCAAUGAUCUUAGCCUCAAAACCAAGUGCGAAAUGCCCCUUGCUCCGUUGUCUCUCCACUUUGGAGGCUCCUUGCAUCAGCCUAGUCUUAAUUGAAAUUCUUUUAGCACUCUGUUCCUUUGUAGCUGGAUUAGACUCUACUGAUCCUUACAUAAUUAGACUUCAAGCCAUUGUGCGUUUGUAGGACCAUAUUUUUUAAAGGAGAACUUGAUGUGUUCUGCCCCCCUUCCCCACCCCAAAAUCCAGAUGGUUCCAGGUGACACUUGCUUUCAACCCACAAUAAAAAAAGAUAUCCAUAGUAGUAAGAAUGGGAUUGUUUUGACCAAUAUGUCUCCUAUUCCCUCCCAGCUCUGUCCUUGUGCAAUAUGCUUAACAUAUUGUAGUGCAACAAUCCAAAUGGUUGAAGCCUUACCCUUGACUGUUGUCUCCUUUCUAGGGCAAAAAAGGCAAUGCGUCCCAGAUUCCUAUUUGCCAAGCUGCUGUUAAGACACAGGAGCAGGAGAGACAUUUGGCCUCCCAACCCCAUUUUCCCUCUUCUUUUGCUUGGUUGGAGAUUCCCCUUUUUCUCGAUUGAAAAAGAGACCCAUGCAAGCAAUAGCUGCUGAGCUUGCCAAGAAAUGAGCUAAGCAUGUGUGCAGAGUCGGAUGUAUAAUAUGUAUUGGCAAUUACUGUAAUUAGAUCAGGUAGCUAAUUGGUACCUUGGAGGAGGAAAGGGAACCCCCUUUUUAUCAAGUCAGAGAGAGAGCGUCUGAGUGGGAAAUAAGAAAUAAAUCCCAUUUCCGGAUCCAAGUCACAGGCUCCCAGGCCACUGGAAACGGGAGAAUUCAAGAAGGUUCAAUCUCCUAUUCUAGGAAGGCUACUAUCUGUAGGCCUUCUCUAGUCCAAUAAUUGUAUUGCAAAUGAGCUCCAGUUUUUCUCAAAUUACAAGAUCAUCAGUUCUGGAGAAGCAGAGAAGCAUUUUUGCUAGAAAUCUGUGUUGUUGACCAUCUUUUAUUUCUCUGGUGUCAAACUGCUUUAAUUCUCCAUCUCCCCUUGGACACAGGUUUUGGACAUAGCAAUAAUAUUGUUGAAAACCAUAUUGCAAGAAAAGGUCAAGGAGUGGUCUCCACUUGCUUCUCUCUGGUUUUCAAAAGCAUCUCUCCUCCUGGACAUUAUUGUUAUUGUUAUUAUUAGUUAAAGUUUAUAUAGCGCCAUUAAGUUUCACAUGGCACUUUACAUAGUCAUCAACCAAAAUACAGAUAAAAACUAAAAAUCUCAAAUCAAAAUGCAGCAAAAUAUAAACUAACCACUUUUUAAAACAAGCCUAAGAGAACAGACUAUGAAGCAAUGCACAUUGAUGCCCAUCCUCUAGCUGUCGGGAAUCAAGUUCUGAGCUGGACAUUGUCCUGAUUUGGCAGAGAUGGUCAAUGCUUUGCCGCCCCGCUUUUCCAGCUGCUUUUCAAACAUCCUUCUCCUCCUCUUCCCCACUUUCCCUCUUUGUCCUGUGCUUCCCUUCAAGCAUUGGAAAUGUAUUUCGCUUGACAAAAUUUAAAUUGCAAAAGUGGGACGGCUGAAUCUCCCCUUUCCCUGAAAAGCCUCUCCUCUGCAUCCGUCCGUAUGGACAGCUUUUGCCCAUCCUGACGUUGCUUGGCCAUUUUGCUGGACCAUUUGGUCUGUGAAAUGUUGGGAAUGUUCAAGUGGAAAUGCAAGGUUUGGGGGCUUCUCCUUGGCUUGGUCUGGAGCAGUGGUUCUCAACCUUUGGUCUUCCAGACACUUUGGACUUCAGUCCCCAGAAUUCCUGAGCAUUGGCCAUGCUGGCUGGAUCUCCUGGAAGCUGAAGUCCAAAAUGUCUGGAGGCCCAAACUCCAUCUCCCAGAAGGCUUUGCAAAGGUGCUGCUGGCCAGGGAGGCUGAUGACCUGAGGAGGCACACCUGUUGGGUUCUUCCCAGGCGCCUCAGGAGGGAAAAGCCCCCUGAAUUGGGUUGAGAGGAGGAAGAGGGUGCUUCCAGCUCCCCAAAGUAAGUAAAGCCCCCAUUUGUGGUCUUUUUUUUUUUUUUUUUGUGGAGAGAGGGGCAAAAUGGGCAUUUAUCUUAUUUAUUCCCCUUGGUUGCAAGGCUGAGGGAUAGAGCCUUCUUUUGCAAGAGCAGUUGCUCUCAGGGAAACCCAACAGCUAUCCUCCGUACUCAGAACACCCAGCCUCUUGACCAAAUGCAAACCUGGGCCAAAUAUGGCUAGUUGACAAACCCCUUUGCCUGAUGGAGAAGCCGUUGUUGCUUCCAAACCUUGCAGUGUGUAUUUUAGUUGGGCCAGUCGAGGGAUCCCCGUUUGGUGGGUUUGGGGUGUUAUUGUACCGCAGCCUGGGAGGGCCUUUUCUUGGAGCCCCUUGGACCAGCCAAUACUUGAGGUUCAAGAUAUGCCCUUCACUUCUGUGAUUAUUAUGGCCUCCUGUUUUUUGCUUCCUUGCAUAAUCUAUUUUGCCCAGGCUGUUUGUUUUGCAAAAUCCAUCCUCUCCUUUGUGUGCAAUUGUGCGUUUGCCUGGGCUCCAGUUUUAAUUUAGUUUCACUGUUUGAAACGAUGAAGAGUAAGCCCAGUUCUGCAUGUAAUGUGAAUGUAAAAACUACUCAGUCGCUCGGGAAUGUGUCUCCAUUUCAAUGGUUAGUUUGGGACUCUGGUUAGGGUUUCUAGAGCUGAAAAUACGGUUUUCUCCAAACGAUAUAUUCCCACAAGGCUUCCUUACAUGUUUCACUGAUAUAUACCUAUGUGUUAAAUCCAUCUUUUGGCACUCGGUUUCAGGAUUUGGAACCAUUUGACACUGGUUGGCUAUAUUUUGACAUGCAAUGGUAUUAAUAUCUGCUAACUGGCAUGCUGCAGAAAAACUGCAACAGCUCACAUUUGAUGUAUGAAAAAAGCAAGGAAUCGUAUGGGGGGAUGUCUGAUGUUAUUUAAGCUUUGUUUCACAUUUCAAGAUGGCGAUUCAAGCUGGCCACAUUUUGUAGUUUUGAAUUGGGAUGUCCAAAGUGAACAAUUUUUCAAGGCAGAAUCCAGAAUUUCUGCAGUUUCUGAAUUUCUUCAGCUGUAGCAAAAUUAAUCCAAGGUUGCCUGUUAGUGGACUUACUUGCAAUGACAACUGGUGGCUCUUGCAGGGGCUCUAUGUGUGGGCCCUCCGUAUUCGCUGGGGUUCGGGGCUCAGGACCCCCAUGAAAGUGGGGAAAUUCAAAUGAAAAAACCUACUGUUUUCUUUUAACCUGAAAGAACACCUCUCCAGGUGUUCCAGGGCAAUUCUGUGGCCACCAUGUGCCAACGUUGACCAUGAAAUUGCACCAGAAGACCUACAAAUGCCUAGAGAAGUGGUCUCUCUAGGAA